UAACAUAUUGCUCUCUUCCCCGUCCGUGCUAAGCCUCAUCUAUCAUGUGUCAGAUGCUGUAGUCUGGUGUAGUCUGGUGUUUUAGCAUCUGUGGCCACGGUUGGAUAUUUCGAAACAGCAUAUCAUACAAUUAUCUUAGAGCCUCUCGGUUGCUUAACGAUGAUCCAAUGUUUGUGAGAUUCACAUUAAUGCGACGACACUGGUGCUACGGCCUUUCCUUGCAUAUGAUGUGUCGUAGGCCCGAAUGAGAAACAUCACUCACCUAGGGUGGCCGGCAACGUGCUGAGGAUGCCCUCAUGUACCCAUCUCUAUCCUACGUAGGCUUGCGAGCCGGUAUCAAUGCUCAUUGGCCCAAAAUAUGCCGGUGAAGAAGCCAAGACCUCGAAAGAACUGACGAGAUCUUCCAGAAUCACGCCUGGUACAGUUCCUUACAGGGCUCCCGGCUCGAGCCUAAACCGAAUCUGUCGCUCAUUUCGAGCUAGCUCGCAAGUGCGUGGAAGACGUGGAAGCCCUCGGUGUUGCAUUAUCACAUGGGGUGGGCAUUUCGUGCUCAAGGGCUUCCCUGGCCGUCUGUCUUCCUACUAUUUUGCGAAUCUGGGGGAACAGGUUGGAGGAAACGGCGCUGUUCCUAUUUUGGUCCUUGUCGCCGAGUUAUCAAUUCCGCCAACGGGUGCGGAAGGCGGCUCCUUCUCCAAACGGACCGUAGUCCAGUCCAGGGCUUCCAUGCUUUCUAGAUACGCGCAUAUCUGGGAGAAUCGUAUCUUACGUAGUAAUCAUGAGAUUGACAACGAUGUUGUAGAUAAUGAGUCAAGAGUGAGUUUAUCAGUCACCUGGCGGCAAAUUGCCGAAACGACCGAACAGUAAGGGAGACGCCAGCUUCCCGGAUUCGACGUCGAAUUCGGGAUUGUUAGCGGAGUGGAACCGUUAGAGUGUGUGAGGCGACAGUUGAGAAUCAGGGUUGCCAGCCUUCUACGGUAUGGCUUUGAUAGUUGUUGACAUAUUGAUGUUCUGGCAUCGUACGUUCCAGGACGUUGGAACUGGGAGGAAUAUGUUACGGUGGAGUUUCCGACCUGAAGCCGAUCAGCCCACGCU